AUGAAGGCAGCCGUUGUAGCAGCGGCCGCGGCCGUCCUCGCCGGCGGUGCGAGCGCCCACAGUCACCGUCACGCCCACAAGGCGCUGUUCCAGAAAAGGUCGCUCAACGACACCGAGGUCUGCGUCCCUACCUGCACCACCAUCUACAGCACCAUCUACGGCGAGGAGACCUGGAUCCAGCCCCCUCCCAAGUCCACUGAGGCUCCUGUUCCCGUCCCCGUCAUCACCACCACACCCGAACCCGAGCCAGUUGUUGUCCCAACCACCACCACAACCGAGCCGGCGAUCGUUCCCACACCCAUCCCGCAGAUUUGCCCGACCCCGGGCACCUACACCUUCCCUGCGACGACCAUCGUGGUGACUGAGACUACCACCGUCUGCGCCGCCUCCACCACCGAGGUCCCCAGCGGCACCCACACCCUCGGCGGUGUCACCACCGUCGUCGAGACCGCCACCGAGAUUGUCUGCCCCUACGCCACCACUGAGGUUGAGAACGGCGUUGUCACCAGCGUCAUCAAGACCACCACCUUUGUCUGCCCCUCGGCCGGCACCUACACCAUUGCCCCCAUCACCACCGUUGUCCCAAGCGCCACCACCGUUGUUGUGCCUGUCGUGACCACCUACUGCCCGGGUACCUACACCGCUCCUGCCAUUGUCACCACCAUCACCGAGACCAACGUUGUGGUCUACUGCCCAUUCACCUCCUCCGAGAUCCCUGCCCCCACUCCUCAGGCUGUCACCCCCAAGCCCCAGGCUGCCCCUGAGCCCGCUCCCGCUCCUGCCCCGGCCCCUGAGAAGCCCAAGGCUGUUGCCCCCCCUCCUGCCAGCACUCCUGCCAAGGGCAAGGGCAGCGUGGGUGGUGGCAAGCUCGGCGGAAAGGGCAAGCACUGGGCCAUGACCUACACCCCCUUCCGCCCCGAUGGUCACUGCAAGACCUACAGCGAGGUUGAUGCCGAUGUCAAGAUCAUCGCCAGCAAGAACUUCGAGGCUCUCCGCAUCUACUCCACCGACUGCGACACCCUCCCCAACGUUGGUGCUGCCGCUGAGAAGUAUGGCCUCCGUCUGAUCAUUGGUCUCUUCGUCGGCAGCCCCGGUUGCGACAACGGCAACCCCACCAUUGCCCAGCAGAUCUCUGCUCUCAAGGAGUGGAAGAAGUGGCACCUUGUCGACCUUUGCGUCGUCGGUAACGAGGCUCUCUUCAACGGCUACUGCUCCGUUCAGCAGCUCGCCGACCUCAUUGUCCACACCAAGAAGGAGCUCGGCUCUGCCGGCUACACUGGCCCCUACACCACCACCGAUGUGCUCUCUGCCUUCGAGGCUGGUGACAUGUCCCCGGUCUGCAACGUCAUCGACGUUGUUUCCGCCAACGUCCAUGCCUACUUCAACUACCAGACCACUCCUGGUCAGGCCGGCAAGUUCGUUCGCAGCCAGCUCGACGCCGUCUCCAAGAUCUGCGGCGGCAAGCCUUCCUACUGCAUGGAAACCGGCUGGCCCACCUCUGGUGUCUGCAACGGUGCCGCUUGCGCCGGUGUUCCCCAGCAGAAGGAGGCCAUUGCCUCCAUUGAGCAGGAGAUCGGCCAGUCGGUCGUCUUCUUCUCAUUCCGUGACGACCCCUGGAAGAACCCCGGUGCUUGCAACUGCGAGCGGUCGUGGGGCUCUGACAAGGCUUUCGGCUACUAA